CUUUUCCCUGUCAACAUGGUAUUUAAAUUUUAAAUAACCAUUGGGAAAAAUUUGAGUUGGUCGUAUUAGAAUCAGAAAAACACACUUACUCAUUCCAGCAGUUUUUACAACAAGGAAUUAGUGCCACUGCUUCUUAGCAGACGUGUACAUUUCAAUUGGUUGUUGGCUACAGUUGACGUCAAACACCUCUUCAGUGGGCGGCCGGAACCACAUCGAUCUUCAUCAUCCUCUAUCAAAGUGUGAGUGGGCGAAUCGAAAAAUGAACCAAACCGCUGCUGACAACUCGUGAUCUCGCUUUGCCUCUGAAAACUGUCGAAAUAAUUGUCGCGAAACGCAAUAUACAAGUGGAAGUUGCUAAAACGAUAGUUUCUCCGAAUUGCGAAAAUCUGGUGACGCUUGCAAUUUGAAUAUAAUUUUGGAUGUGCCACUUGGAAUGAACUCGAAGUACUAAAUGGAGCUGAUAGACUUUUCUUCGCCCCUGCAGAAACUGCAGAAUUUCAACUCCGAGGUCAAACUAACUUCAGCUGUCAGUCUCCCGCUGAGGUCACUGAGAAAAGCACACUCGCCUUCAUCUGUACCCAGUGAUUGUCAAUCUGAUGCUAAGUCUAAAACUAGUGAACCUUCCCGACUCCUCGCGCGUGGCCGAGACAGAGAACGAGGAGGUGAUCCGUCGGAUAACGAGAAUGAGAACUGCCGACAAUCUAGUGGUGAAGUGGCAUAUGGAGAAGUGAAUUCGGGUACCAACCUAGGGGGGAGGAGGGAGAGUAGUGCGGCUAGUGGGAUCCUGUCCACCUGGGGACUCACCAAUGCUCUUAUGAGUCCAGUGACGUCACAGUCAGAUGACAAAUACGUCUGUCCAAAUGAUCGACAGCUGUCACUCAGAGCCAAGCUUGGAACUGGUUGGUCCAUGAGGACCCACAAAAGAUCCCGAUCGUCCCAGCCAUUUUCAUUCACGCGCAGAUUCAGCUCGCGCUACAACUCAAGACCCGACAAACGACGCUCGUCGACGUUUAAUUCUCCCGAUGCUGCUUCGGCUACCCAUGACGAUCAUUUCGGAUUCGACGGGGGUUUUGGGGAACCGAUUGGUAGACCCCCUUCAUCGUGUGGUGGGGGAGGGGGUGCAUCCUAUGAGAGUAAUAUCAGUGAGGGGGAGAUGGCAGCCAUACAGUCGGUUCUGAAGAGGGCCGACCAGAUCACAACUAUGGAACAACAACGAAUAGGCAAGAUGAUCACACAAUUGCAAUACAUGAAGGACCAAACUGUCAUCUCGCCAUCGCCAACGUACUUCAACAAAAACAGCAAUAAAAACAACAACAAAAGCUUCUCUUUCCAAUUGCCAAUCAAUACUACCAACGAUCAAUUUCGCUCGCCAUCAUCGCCAUCUCUUGUCGGAACUAAAUUGGCGUCCGGUUCCGUGGCCUCAAUCCUCUCGGAUACCGAGUCCCUGCAGGACCUGGUUGAACAUCAACAACAGUCGCCGACAAUAUGCGAAGUGCAGACUAGAAUUACGCCUGCAGCAGUUCCGAAUAGCAACGAAUGUGGUUUUUGUGGGGCCGAAUUGGACAAAAGUGCGGCAGAUCUGAUGUCGCAGAGUUUCAACCAGCUCACUUCGGUGCUGUUCAGCUCGGUCGAUUCGGGUAGAAAUAGCGCGGGCGGUGGUGGGUCUGUGUUCAACCGGGGAUCAGUUUGCUCCGAUUGCCAUAAGAGAGCGUGUUCCCGCUGUAUAGUCAAAGUAGUGAUGCCUAAAGUACCACCCCACACAAAUGAUAACAGUCCAUCAGGGAACAACAAUGCCCUCCUCUCUCCCACUGCGGCCUCAGGGGGCAGCUCUAGUCAUGGGGGAGGGGGUGGUCUGGGGUCAGGUGGGGGCUCGCUGUUGUCGCCCGGCAAUUCACGAAUAUCUCCGGCCUCUAUGAUGUCCAGUGCAUUUUCAUCUAGCACGAUCACGCUGCACGUGUGCAAACUGUGCGCCCAUCAACGAGAGCAACUGGCUAUCCUGGUUUCUGUUGAAGUGAUGGAGAAACUGCUUCUUCACGACACCAGCGACACGAGUGACAUCGAGUACCCCCUCCCCUCCCCCGGCCAGGCGGGAACAGACAGCAGGGGACACCGGAGCAGUGUCACAACCAAGAAGUCGCCCGCGAGGAAGUCUUUGAAUGAGAUCACCAAUCCGGGGAUGAUUGGCCAUCAUCAACUCAUCACUAUCCAGCCAGAUGGAACAAUACUAGGUAAAUGA